AUGUUGCUCCGCACGCUGGCUCCGGCCCUGCGCCAGGCUGCCGUGCCGGCGCGUGCGAUGAUGCCUUCGAUGGCCCUGCCUAUGCAGGCGACACCACGUGUUGCUGUGCCUCCCCCCCCGCUUCCGACGAUGGCCCGCGGCAUGAAGGUGCGCUCUUCCGUGAAGAAGUUGUGCAGCUACUGUGCGAUCGUGCGCCGCAAGGGUCGUCUUUAUGUCAUUUGCAGCAGGAAUGCUAAGCAUAAGCAGGUGCGUGCAAAUAGCGCCAAGGAUAAUGCGCAACCGCGAUACCAGUAG